AUGCCCCUCUUCGGUCAGAGCGAUCGCAAUCGCAGUGAGCUGGUGUUGAUGACACUUUAUGCUCGCACUUGCACAGUGGAUUGGAAGCUGUCCCGAGUGCGCUCAAUGGCAAGAUGUGAAACAAUGUCGCAGUGCUCUGAUGCAGGUACACCCGUUCACCCGCCGACGGCGCCGCAGAGAGCGGCUACGCGCGUUGAGUGGAUUGGACGGGUGUCUGCGAAACGUAUUGCAUUCCAGUUGUGCGGCACUGGCAGGUGGGACAGUCGCCUUCCGGAUACGAUCCGCUGGUGCUCGCUCGGAUGA